AGCUGCCCGCCUCUUAGAUCACUCACUUUUGGAGCUUCGACGUGAGAGGAUCCAAGAGUGGGAGCUCCUGUCCCUUGGUGCCGAGGUCCAGGAGGAGAACGUCGAGGGAGAUUUAUCCCCUUUUUUCAUCUGUUUAUACUACUGCUUUGAGGUCUGUAUAGGAAGGGAGAGAGGCUGAGGCAGUGGAGCCAGGGUUGGCCUUGGCUGCUGCUUGGCUUCUCCCUCGACGUCAUUGUGCCUGGUAAUGUUAAGAAUUUGUUUGGAAAUUAAUUUGCUUCCCCAGUUCUAAGGGGUUUUGGGCGGAGGAGGGUGCGUGCGGGGCCCGCGCGCCUCUUCUCCGUUCCUCCCUUCUUCCUUUGCAUGGUCCUGAGCCUUAUUAGUGUGAAGGUGUAGGCGGGGGCUUUACUUUUGGGAGAUAUGGGGAUGAUGUACCUUUUUUCCAUGUUUAAGUUGGCUUUAUUUAUUGUGUAAUUUUAUUUGGAUGGUAUGAAUGAUGAAUUGGUUGUUUGGGUUGCUUUUUGAUUUGACGUUUGGGAAUGGAAGCUAUGUGGUAGGGUCGCCAUUUUUAUUACCAGUCUUAUGUAGAGGUGUUGCUGGGCAGAUUGGCUGUGUUUGUGGCGCGAAUUCCCUGUUGCUGGACAGAUUGCCAUAGCCGUUAGUGUCGGUUCUGUGAAUUUCGCGCUCUUUUUGCUUGUAGUUUGCCGCGGUUUUUUCCUUGGGCAGCCAUGUUGGUUGCCAGGUUGGGUGAGGGCUGGUCAGCCAUUUUACUUGUGGGCAUGGGCAAGUGUUUGCGGCGGCCAUAUUUGUUAAGGGAAUUAGGCUGGAAAGGACGGGCGCCAUGUUGAGUGAGGGCUGGUCAGCCAUUUUACUUGUGGGCAUGGGCAAGUGUUUGCGGCGGCCAUAUUUGUUAAGGGAAUUAGGCUGGAAAGGACGGGCGGCCAUUUUUGUAGCUGGCAUAUUAAAUAGUACAAUGGUGGCCAUUUUGUUGAUCGGUCGGCCAUCUUUGUUAAGGGAAGGGCAGCCAUUUUAGGUGCUUCAUGGCAGCCAUUUUACGGAACGUUUUUAAGGGAUUCUAAUGGCGGUGGCCAUUUUUAAUUUGGGCAUACUCACAUUGCAUUGGUUUAAUGCUAUAACAAUUGAUGGUAUUGACUGAUUGGUUUUUAAAAAUACAAAUGGAUUAUUAGUAAUUGAUUAGAUGGUUCAAGUUAAGUCAUUGAUAAUGUAUGGAGAUUAAUUAAUUCAUAUGUAUUUAUGGUGGCUGAUUAAUUAAUGAAUUGAUAUUGGGGUUAAUUGAUUAAUAUAUUUAAUUAAUUUCAUGGGGUAAUUUAUUUAAUAUGCUAUUGAGGACAAUAAAUUAAUGAGAUUCUCUAUAUAAAUUGGGGUAUUAACUUAUUGAAUUAAUUUUAAUAUCAUGUUUAUAUAGUAGGUGCAUAUCAGUGUGUGGUAUUGUAUGCUUUAAUUAAAUGGAUGCUUGGUUGCUUUUGAUUUAAGAAAUGUUAGUCGCUUCGGGUCCCUUGGCUUGGAUAGGGUAGGGAGUUGGCUCAUUCUAGUUUCUGCCAGCCCCCCCCCCCCCCCCACUUAUUUGCUACUGAACUUUCUUCCUCAAUAUUAACUUUUCGUGGUCUUACUGAACUUCUUAUUUUGCAGUAUGCCACCGAAGAAGAAUGUUGGGGGGCCUAAGGGCAAGGGACCUGCGAAGAAGAUUCCAGCAAAGCGCCCGCCUCCACCAAGUGGUCCUUCAACCGAGGAUGAAGAUUCUGCACAGUUGUUGGGAGUGUUGGUCGCCCGGAUCGAGGCACUGGAAAGAGAGAAAGCAGCGGCUGCUGCUGCGGAGGCGCAGAAGGCUGGUGGGGGCAGUAACACCGGGUUAAUUAGGUCCUUAUUUUCCCGUAUUUCUGCCUUAGAAGGGGAAAGGAGUGCUGCAGUGCCUGUCGCUGAUGCGGGCCUGGUUACAUCUACGCCGGUGACCGCUGAAGCUGUUCCAUCUACUUCGGCGGCAGCAGCUGAGAUGAGAAGUGCCGUAUCCGCUUUAGAACCCACCCUGUUGGCAAGUAGACGACGCGUCCUGAUUUGCGGGCACAGUUAUGUGCACUGGGCAGAGCGACAGGCGCGCAGAGGUCCCUACGGCCAGCAUCUCGGCCUCGCUUCCUUGGCUUUUGUUGAAUGGAGGGGAAGAAGAGGUCUGCGGUGGGAGGGUUUGCUCCCUUUGUUGUUUGGGUCAGGGGUCCGUUUUCCACCUGACCUUAUUGUUAUGCAUUUGGGAGGCAAUGAUUUGGGGCUGCUUAAAGGCAGGGCCCUUUUUCUCCAGGUUUUAAAUGACAUGCACAAGAUCCAGGAGGUGUGGCCUCAUACCGGAUUGGCAUGGUCAGCAAUUAUUCCUAGGCCACGUUGGCCCUAUGGGGACGGUAAAAAAUUGGACAAAGCAAGGAAACGGGUCAAUAGGGCCCUGCGGAAGGUUUUGGAAAAUGGCAUGGGUUACUAUAUCCCUCAUGACACCAUUAGAUUCAAUGAUUCGACGAUGUAUCGGACUGAUGGGAUCCAUCUGUCCGAACUGGGCAACCAAAUUUUCUUAGCGGAUCUGCAGAAAGGAAUUAGGGAAAUUCUUUCGAAUUUGGUGGGGGUCAGGAGCUAAAUAGACAUUUGCUCCUGAACUGUGGCGGAAUGCUUAGGGGAAUCUCUUAUUUUGGUGUGCACCACAAGGCACCUCUGUUUUGGUGUUGGCCAGAGGCGUGAAUCCUCGCUUAGGGUUUUUACAGCCCCAGCGAGGGUGAACGAUUAUGGCCUUGGAAUGGGAGACUUUGACCUCAUUUGUUUCGGAGGCAAAACUCUCCAACACAUUCCCCUUUAGGUCAUCCAGGUUUAGAUAGACUGGGGACCUGGUGUUUCGCCCUAAAUUCAGUCUUAAUGGAUGGUCGGGUAUGACCACUAAUAUCGGCUUAUGCCUUACCAAAUUCUUAGAUGGCUAAGGAUUUUUGGCCCUAGUUCCAAAUUAAAGUUAAAUAGGUAACUAUCAAUAAAGUUGCCCAGUUUUAAACCCAA